AUGGACGAUACAGCAGAAGGACGGGAUGAGAGUCCAGGGGGUCAUGUGGCACCCUCAACAACUCACUCCCUCCUGAAUGUUGCCAGGAAAAAAUUCAUCAAGUAUACAAAAAGGGAUUAUACUAUACACGUGGGGGAUAUAAAGGAAAGGGGAAGGAUACAAUACCAAGAGAGAGAGACGAGAAAGCGGAAAACGCUGUACAGAGGAUGUCGGAAGUUAUUAACCCCGGUGGGGUACAAAUAUAGUGUCGGGAAGAUUAAAAGGGGGAAAAGUGAUAUAUAUAAAAUGGGGCUGCGAGGGAGGAACCCAUUUGGUGCGUAUUUAAUGAAUGACCCGAAGGAUGGAUCAAGAAGGAAAAAGAAAAAGAAGAAAAGGGCCCGAGCCCUUCGUGGAAAAGGAGAAUCACUCGAUCUUGUCUCUCUCAUCCACAGAUGCGUUAAACGCGAAAGCGGAGCGGAACACACGAAGAUGAAUGUCGUUCCAUUUGUAAACUCCAUAUUUGUAAACCCUAUAAUACAACUGGCCAAGCAGAUGGAUCAGAGAGGAAGAAUCCACAGCAUGGCAAUAAAAGAUGUUUCUGUGGUGAAGCUACAGAAAACAAGAGGAAGGAAAAGGCACCACUGGGAGGCUUCCCCCCAAUGUACGCACAAUAGUGUCCACUGUAAAGGAGACUGCGCGGGGGAUGUAGCACCUUCGAUAAAAUGCAUCGACAGAGGGGGCAGUGGCGCGAACAGUACGACCAACGUGAAGAUCAACGUGAUGACAAACGGUACGACCAACGAUAGGGUCAACGAAAGGGAAAGUGGCGCGCGAGAUGGCUCGGCGUGUGGUGACUCCCCCCGGGAUGAUCGCCAACAGGAGAGGAAGGAAAACGAGGAGAAGGGCCACGGUGCAGAUGGGAGAGGCGAUGGAGGAAGAAGCAGAAAUGGAGGGAACCAUCAAAGGGAUGGACGCGCAAAUGAUGAAAGCGACCAGACGGACCAGAGUGACCAUCGUGACCAGGGCGAUCAAAGUAGCCAAAAUGACCAGGGCGAUCAAAGUAGCCAAAAUGACCAGGGCGAUCAAAGUAGCCAAAAUGACCGGAGCGACCAGAGUAGCCAAAGUGAUCGAAGCGGAAGAAGCCGGGGUGGCCACCCCGCGCGUGAUUCCCAAGGCAGUAGCAGCUUCAAGUCAAACCGAGCCAUGUACACAAGGGCAAAGGUGCAGGCACAAAUGCCAAAGCGCACCCGCCAUAGGAAGAAAAUAAUUGUGAGCUCAUCCACGUCAAACGAUAACGAGUCCUCCAUUUACAACGUUUUUGAAGAAGACUUCAGCUUCUUCUAUCCAAACAAUUCAAACCCGUUCAGCUACGGAAGUAGCGAUAAGCGAGAUCGGAAGGGCCAAGCGGAGGCAAGGAUGUACAACCCUUAUGAGGUUAACAAGACCCCCCAUUGGAAUAACAAAAUGGACCUCCUCCAUACCGUGAAAGGAGGUGUAGAGUAUAGCCAAACUGGUCAGGGAAAUCAGGUUGGAAUUUUUCAAGAAGGUGUGUUUGUACCAUCAGAUGGAGGUGCCCUGGAGGGCUUAUCCGACCACAAUGGCGGGAAGACCAAGAAGACUAAGAGAAGGAAGAAGAAGAAAAAAAAAAAAAAAAAAAAAAAUAUGAACAGAAUAGAUAACACGGUUGACACGAUAGGUGAGGAGAACCAGACAGGUGAAUUCAACCCUAGGAAGGAACAAAGGAAUACACACCCCUGUAGCCUCGGAGGGUAUUCAGACCACUACGAAGCUAGUAGCUCCAAAAAUUCCUGUACCUACAGUGAACAAGUGGACAUUUGUGAUAGAAAGAACUCCAACAUCUUCCUCUACAAGAAGGAAAACAUCUUACGUUUGAAGAAAACGCACGAUGGAAAUAAAAAAAAAAAAAAUUACAACGACAUUAUUUAUCAUAUAGAUACAAUUGUGAAUGUAAAUAAGAAAGUAAAGGUGGUAAUUAUCGGAGCGGGUUUGUCUGGACUAGCAGCUGCAUAUGUACUACUCAACCAUAACGUUGAUGUAACUGUGUAUGAAGCAAGGAAUAGAAUCGGUGGAAAAUUUUUCUACUCAUCCAAUGGAAAAAAAAACUACCUAGGCGAGAUGGAUCUCUUAGUCAGUCGAAAUAACCCCCUCAUAAAUUUCUGCCUCAAAAAAAACAUAUACCACAAGGAUGUGAACAGGCACUUAUACAAACAUUACGUAUACUUUAAUGGGAAAAAAAUAUAUAAGCACGAAAUGAGAAGCGAAUUCUUCAAGGUUCUUUACAAACUAAGGUUCCACUAUGAUCAGAUUUUCAAUUCCACUUUUUUUAACAAUUUGAAGGAUAAGAACGCCCUCCUCUCUAUGUCCCUGGGGGAAGCCAUUAGAACAGAAGUCGCUAAAAUGAGACGAGAAAGAAAUCCAAAAAGUUUGUAUGUACAACUGUAUAUUUCCUUUAUCGAAGCGAUUGCUGGAAUUGACUUAGACUCCCUAUCCAUUCAGUACCUCUUCUACAACCUCAGUUUUCUUGAUGUACUGCAGACAAUCUGUUGCAAUUUUGAGCUCACAGAAAUUUUUAAAAAAUUGAAAAAAAACGUAAUCAUAAAAAAAAAUAAAAUUGUGAAUAAAAUAUACUCCUACAACGGUAACAUAAAAGUUGGCUUUACCAAUCACGUGGACAAUAGACUGUACGACUAUUGCAUCGUGACCGUUCCCAUCGGAGUUCUCAAGGACAGCGUCAGAUUCUUCCAUCGCAGGAAGAAGGGGAGAAUCCACCAUCAUGGGUGCACUUCAAAAAUGCGAAAAUUAAAGUUCAUUGGAGAGAUACCCCAUUUGGGGCAAUCUUGCAACACUGACCAGCAUUCCGCUACCUGUGCUACUCCACACCAAGAGAACAACCCCACACAGGCGCAAUUAAACGAACCUGAGAGGGAAGAUCAUCCGAACUGGCCCCCCCCUGGUGGGGACAAUGGGCUGAUUCCAUGUCGAGAUGCUCUGUUAUUCCACCCUCCCUCAGAAUCACACAGUGCACCCCCUUGUGGGGUAAACCAUAACCAGAACGCAUCUACAUCGAGCGACUACCUCAUCAAUAACAUAGAUAUCACCACGAAUGAGAACAGAAGCACCUGCAGACUCAAAGGUUCAAGCAACAACGGAGUAGUUUAUUUCAGUGGCGAGGGCUGCGCGAGCAUAGCCAGGUGCUCCUCCGAAACCAACAGUAACAAUCUUAACGUUUGCGAGGUGGAUAAACCAUGUGAUUUUUUCUGUGCAACCUCUUGUAGCAAACUGGAUCAAGACCAUACUCCACAUGGGCACUCCAUACGAAAAACCCAAGAGGAGAGUUUGCAUACCUCCAACAGGCAGGGUGCUUUGUCUGAUGGGAAAAACACGCACAUCUUCAACCAUGGGAGUCGUAUCAAGUGUAAGGAAGGGAAUCCUGAACGAUUCACUCUCCCCAAUAAUUUAAGUCAACAAUGGAUGGAAAAGUAUGGAGAGUAUAUUACUGGGGAUCUCGGAACAACGGCAAUGAACAAAGUAGAUCCAAAGGAAGAAAAAAAACGACACGCUAAAGGAAAUGGGAAAAGAGAUCGUAAAGGGGAUCCAGGCGGAAAGCCACAUGGAAACCCAAAGGACCAUCCCAACACAUCUGUAAGGAACCUACCCCAUCAGGAGAGCACGGGACUGAUCGAAUUCAUUCCUAAACUGCCCCAAUGGAAAGUAAACAGUAUUAGAAGAUUAGGAGUUACCAAAAAUAGCAAAAUUAUUAUAACGUUGAAGGAGAGAAUUGUAGAGAGCACUCAAAAUGUGAAUGUUUUUUUUAACUGCAAGAAAGGGAAAAGGGAAGAUAACACCAAAAAAAGAGGCAUUCAUAAUGAAGUGUUCAACAGGGAUGAAAUCUUUGAAUGCCCUUCCUUUACACCAGAUCAGGGGAGUAGUAACUCAUACACCCCUAGCCAGGCACACCUUGCGAACAACACACCGAUGGAUAUCUCCCUCUCCACGGAGGUAUCAAAUUCAAGGGAAGAUAAAAAUGGACAAGGGGAGUUUCACUCCAUGGUGGAGAGGAAGGAGGACCAUCUACAAGCAGAGAAUUACAACGAGGGGAUGCAAAUCGAGGAGGUAUCAAGGAGGAUUGAAGAAGAUGUACACUACGAGAAAAUCCCCAUCAGUGCAAGGGUGCAUAAGAGCAGCUAUGUCUACCACCGUGUAGAUGAAAACAACCUUAUGGAGUGCCUUAAGAUGGAGCACCUCAUCAAAGGAGAAAAGUAUCGAUCCACCUAUAACAGUUACAUCGGAACGGACAAAUACAACCACAUGGUUUUCUACAGUGCACACCCAGUAAUAGCCCUAUACCUGAAAAAAAAAUAUAGGAAUAAUAUUAGACAGUUAUGCAGAAAAAUAAUUAUCAAUGACUGCAAGUUUUUUCUAAAGAAUCUACUACCUGGGAUUAAAAUAGACAAGAUAUACUACUACGACUGGGAGGGAAAUAGUUUUUCUCGUGGAUUAAAUUCAUUUAUUGGAAGGAGGACUCUACAGAUAGACAAAGAUAUAUUGUCGUUCCCAGUUAACAACAGAUUGUUGUUUGCGGGUGAACACACAUAUAACAGUGGGUGCAGUCCACUCGUUCGUUCCUUCCUCAGUGGAAAAAGAGAAGCCUACAGGAUCAUCGAGAAAAUUAAUAAAUCCAUUUACAAAAAUAAAUUAGUCAAGUACUUCUAUAGUAGAGAGACUUCCGGGGAGGUGGAAGUGCCUAGCGGGAGGUGCACCAUCACCGUGGACAGUGGUGGUAUCACUAUGCGUAACAGCACGUGUACCAUUGGAAAAGGUAGUCUCGCCAACCCGUGUAACGACAAUUUUGUACCAUCCCCUCAGGGAGGCAACAACCGACACAUACAUUAUCCAACAUACGGAGAAGCUAAGGGCACCAAAGAAAUCACCAUCAAGGACAUCGACUCCAAUUACUUCCUCUACGUAUACGACGAUGAAGUUAUCGGGUUGGAAAAAAAAGAAUACAACGCAUGGUUCCAGAACGUUCGAUGCAUACUGUGUAACGAAAAACAAACAUUAAGUAGACUUUUUAUUGGAGUAAUCAAGCUAAAACAUAAAAAUGGUUCUUAUCUUAAGUACACCUGCCAUAAGGAUUGCUUCUACUUUAAUAACUACACAUAUAAUCAUGUCUAUGGAAACAGAUACUUCAACCUCACUGUACUUUUCAACUUCCUUUUCUACAACAGGUGUUCUAUUUGCCUACUUAACUUCCCCUCCCUAAAGUGCAGUUUAAAAAAUUGCCACAAUUUUCUCCAUGUGAACUGUGCGAAUAACUACUUGUCGUGGCCAAACUUUAGCAAGACCAGUAGACAUGAGAUCCUCUACUGCUACAAACACCAGUACAUGCAUGGAAUUUAUCAUAACUAUUAUGAGGACGAGGGAAGUGAGAACUUCCUUCGCUUGAUCAGAGAUAGAGAUAGACAUAGACAUAGAGAUAGACAUAGAGAUAGACAUAGACAUAGAGAUAGAGAUAGUGGUGAUGGCUACUCGCUGGGGGUGGAUCUGGGUGCGGGGGAGGAUGAGAGAAGCGGCAGAAGGGACGACAACAUGGAUCAAAACUCCUUCCUGCUUCCUCUCCAUGGGUACUACCCCCCCUUUGGGGAGGGAACAAACCAAUCUAGUAGAAUGAACGAUGCUCCAUCCGACAACCAAUCCCCGUUCCAUUACACAGACGGUUUGUGCAACCCCACAAACAACAAUAGGAGCAAUUCCAAGUACCCACCGAUAGAAGAACUAACCGACAACGUACAUGCAAACAUAAGCAAGCUAAUGAAGCAUUACAGAGACAAAAAUGACCAUAGGUCAGCUCAAAUAGAUCUAUCCUCCUAUCCUAGAAACCUCAACUACAUUAACGAAAAUCUAUUUAUGUAUGUAAAGAAAAAAUACACCAAAGCAUUCCCUUUUUCGGAUCCGUUAAGUUCUUUACUUCGUGAACUACCCUUCAGGAAUGGGACCAACCCAGAAGAAGUUUUAGGAGGAUUAGAUACAGGCCUUCUCGGGUUAAGCUACUUAAACAGAGAUGUACUGAUGUUGAAUGGGUUACAUAAGAUGUCAAUUCUGCAUGGGGUAGGAUCUCACUGUUACUCGGACACCAUCUUACCUAUGGAAGGUCGAUACGAUGGAGUUGUUGAACAGGGGUUUUCAGAACAACUCCAUACUUACCCAGACGAUACAAAUGAGUACUCCUCCAUGGGCAAACAGCGCCAUCAAGCCAACCGCGUUAACAUAGCCAAUCAGGAUGAAGUCACAAAGGAUACGCAAAACAACCUACGAAAUGAUUCCUCCACCGGAGGAGACAAAGAAGUAAAGAACCACUUCAACUUGGGAAGUAGACAAAGCGAUUCUUUUCUCAACGGGGAAGAUUCAGCUUCCUUAAGGGUAAUGUACGAACAAGGAAUUUUUGACAUCCUCCAAGACGAUGAGUUCUACGAACCCAGAGACAGAAACGUGCAUGUCGAUAAGAACUCUAAGGAAUUGGAGGAUCAAAUUCAACGGAAUAAUGAGACCAGUACAACACAUUCAUACAGAGGUAUGAGAAGGGAGGACUCGUCCCGUGAAGAUCUAAAGGGAUUAAGAAAUCGUGAUGAUGCAGAAUCAAGAGAGCAAGAAAGACAAAGACAGAUGCAACAGAUGAAGGAUGUCAACUCAACAGGGAUUAUACACAAUGUAGAAAAUAUUAAUUGUAAUCUCAUGCUACAUCUCCUUUCAAAUUACUUCAAAGAGUUCAGACAAUCCAAGCGGAGAAUAAUGGACAGCACAGGGGUGGGGUAUACACCUGACGGAUGGAUGAUGAGGGGAGGGGAGGAGCAGAAGACAAACUGGGUGAACGCUGAGGGAGAUUCCUUCCAGAAAGAACUCUGCAAGGAAGAACAAGAACGAGUGGGUGGCAUGAUGAAUUACCCUGUGAAGGUUGCCCAUAAGGAGAAUCAAGUAGAUAUAGAAGGGGAGCAAAAUAACGAACGCUUUGGUAGGAAUGGGUGCACCGACCAGACGAAUACAGUUAGUAGGCAGACGAAUACAGUUAGUAGGCAGACAAACAUAGGUAAUAGACAGACAAACAUAGGUAAUAGACAGACAAACAUAGUUAGUAAGCAGACAAACGCAAUUAGCAAACGCACAGCACACAAGGACACACCAAACGGGCACAUGCACAUGACAGUGGAAAAGGUGGCAGAAACGAAUCAACCAAAAAAAAAGAAGAACGACCCACACAAUAAUAAACUUGAAGUUCUAUACAAGAUGUACCUAGACAAGAACAACCUGAACUGUUCGGAUGAAAAGGAAAAUGAUGCUUCUAUAGAUGGGACAGAUAGAAGAUUGUUUCGAAACAAGUUGUUGGAAAAUUAUUACCAUAUCUUGAACGGGAACCUGAGGAGGGAGAAGAUGAAACAGAGUGGGGUCGAUGCGGACCAGAGGAAUGGCACGACACGUGAAAACGCAGAAAGGAUAUGCCACGUGCAGAAGCCACAAGUGUUGCAGGAACAUAUCCAGCCAUAUACGGAGCAGGGGGAAGUGCCCUCGGAAAUACCUCCAAUUCCUCCAGGCACGAAAGUGGCAACCGUGUUGACCACUCAGGACAACCGAAGAGGGGAAAGCUCAGCCGCUUCGCAAAGGGAAGACAAUCCAGAUGAAUACAUCUGGAGCAAAAGGACCCACAAUAAAAGCGUAAGGAAGAAACAAAUCGUGGAAAAUCAGGACCAAGGUAUGAGAUCCCACUCUCAGAAGGAAUCAGCCAAUUAUAUAAAGAAACAAACACUGAUCCAUGAGGAAGAGCCAAGAGAUUACAAAGGAACUCUCUUCCUUCACGCACAGAACGAGAGGAAGAAUAAAUUUUUACCCCAUGAUGGAAUGACAAAAAGGAGCAGAGACAAGGAUAUGGAUGAGAGGAUACAGAUAAUUGACAAACUAAUGGAGGGAGAGCAUAGUUGCAGCUACAAUAGUCGUGUUUUAGAAAAGGAGAAAAAAAAAAAAAAAAAAAAAAAUUACAUAAAUACACCGGACCACGUGAAUGAGCAGCUAUUGCUCAACCACUUUGGAGGCGUCGAGUCGGUUCGAAUCCUCAACAGUCUUAGCCGGACGGAGAAGGAGCAACUCAUUUCGAUUCUGCUAAAUGUGAAAAAUGAAGCAGAUGGGGCAAGUGAAGCAGAUGGCGCAAGCGAAGCAGAUGAGGUGGUCGUGGAGAAGGGGCAAGGCGAGGAUUACACGGAGGAUGAUGAGGACCCCAACGAAAUUCAAGGCCUGGAUGAUGCACAAGCACAAUUAGAGGAAACCACCCAUGGAGCUAACCUCUUCUCUCCGCCGAUACACACCAAGAGGAACCCACCAAAAGAGCAACACGGAUCAGCGAGUGGGACCAACUUGGCCUAUAACACGAGAAGGAGAACGAAGGGGGUGGCUUCCUUAUCGUAUCAGGAUGAAGAGAUAUUUGAAGACUACUGCCACGUUGGGGAGGAGGAGGUUUUUACAGAUGGCGAUUCUUCCAAUGCGGCAUGCAGCACAGCCCCACCAACCCAUGGUGAACAUAACAGGAAGAACGCACUAAGUACAAAUGCUAAGAUCACGAACGAGAAGGAAGAAAGCAUCAUCAGAAGCAAUCAGAGUAAAGGGAAGGGAAUGAUAAAAAAAAAUGAAAUCUCUACUCCGAUAGGAAACUCCUCUCAUGAAAAGAGAAAAAGAAAAAGCCUAAACAGAGGUUUACCAAAUGUGAGUAGCCUCCCCAGUGCUAUAACCAGGAACAGUAGUAGAGACGAUCAGGGUGGUGUUCUCCCCUUUUACGUGUACGAGGAGAAGAAGGAAAGGGGCCCAAAGUGGGAAGAUAAUUAUCACAUGGAGGGUGAUGACAUUGACAGAAGGUAUCUCAGCAGGAGGGGACCCGCGGCAAAUGAUGCCACCUACAACGAGUUAGCCACACACCAAUUCAACCGUAGUGACAGAGUGCACAGUCAACCGUAUGAUGACAAGGGGGCCAUCAGAUCUAGGACAAACCUAGCUAGCUACAGCGACUUAGAGAGACACUCCUUGCUCAGCGAAAGCAGAUAUAGAAGCCGAAGUGGAAAUGGACUGUUUGGGGGUUACCACAACGAUAGGAUAAGCAGAAGAAGGCUCGCGCAUGUGGGAGGAAGAUGUGGAGUGACCACAGCAACAACCACUGCUACUGCUACUGCUACUACCACCGCCACAACUGCCACUGAGGGCACCGCCACCACCACGGCCAGUGAUCCCUUUAACGGUUCCUACUCCAAAGAACAAAUUAACACGUCGGAGCGCACCCAGCUUAGUGCACCCCCACGGGGGGCACCCAAAAGAAACAACGCAAAGGAGACGACCCACAUAGGCAGUAACACAAACCAACAAAAGCAAUCCUACCCCGAAAAAACCAAUACAAAGAGGAACAAUCACGACCUAGAUAAGUUACUUCAGCUGAUCCGGAGUAGUCAACACAUACGAGAGGGCAAAGAGCAAGCCAAACAAAUUAACACCAUAAUAAGCGAACUUGCUAACUCCUCUUUUAAAACCGACAAGGAACACUACAUUCCAAGUACCAUCACUACUGAUAGUUCACAGAUAUCUAUCCUUAAUGGUGGUGAGAAGUACACCAAGGAUACUACAGAAAGAAGAAACAACAAGCUAAGCAAAAGGAAGGAUCCUAACUACAAUUUGAGGCCACCUAAAAAUAGCAUAUGUGAUGGUGGGCAGAUGAUGAGAGGGAGGACUGGCAGUGAUGCUAAGGACAGAGCUGCACACACUGGUAUCAUGGAAAACGGAUCUACCAGGCGAGGAUUUGAGCACCGAAGAGGAACAUCCAUCCCACCUGGGGUAGCACGACCGCCAAACGUAGAACAAAAUAAAGAGAUACAAAUUAUAGGCAGACAGAAAAAUGUGACUGGCUACCUCGCGGACUGGGGAAAUUCUACCUGCGCCAACGCACCGAACACUGUCAAUCACAAUAACCGCAGUAACCAUGACAUAUGCCCCACGGAGGAAGGCCGAAACAAAAGGAACAACUACCAAGAACCCCAAGUGGAGGGGCUGCACAGUGGUGUGUACGAUACAGACCCUAGCAAUAGUCUCAUGGGCACACAGGCCACCUACAGCAUCAUGAAAUACAACUUAACAAAUAACAACCUAAUCAACAACGUGUUGAGUGACAUGAAGAGUAAUCUACCUCAGCAGAAUUUGAUGAAAACCUCAAGUAGCUGUGCUUAUCCUGCUCCGAUAGAGGAUGACAAAGACGUAUCAUUAUUUUAUCACUCCAAGAAGAGACGAAAGUUGUAG